CUCGCGCUGGAUCUAUUAAGUGACAUAUUGAAAAAAAAAAUACAAAAAAAAAAAACUCGCUUCUCAAAUGCCCCAUUAAGCUUCCAUCACCAUUGAAGUUCAACUACAAUUUGCAUCAACACCGCCAUAUUCGAAACUAUCCUUAAUCUCUCAGACUUAUAGGAUAAGAUGGAACCCAAGCGAAAAAAGAUUGCUACAGUAGAUUUGAGAAGCAACAAUAACGCUGUGGAAAACUCUUCAAAUAUUGCUGUUGAUUCAUAUUUGCCUGAAGAGGAUAGUUGGAUUAUUGUUAAGAAGCAGAAAGUUAACAUUCUGAUUCCUCGUCUUCCCACUAUUGAGCAGCCUACGGUGCCUGAUCUUGAACAAGGUCAGCUGUGUGGAGAUAUAUCUAACAAGAUGACUAAUAUUCCAUCUGAGCUUUUACUGGAGAGAAGUGAUGGGUCAAUGUCUUUGUCUCCAAACUCAAAUACCCAAUCUUGUACAAAAGUCUAUUCUCCUGCAGACAAUGCAGUAGCAACCCCGGAACCAAGACGGCCAGUGGAAGACCAAGUAGGGUUGACAUCCUUUUCGGGGAAGACAGAAACUGUUAUAAAAUCCCUUAAAACAUCUCCAAAGCUCGUCAGACCAUCCAUGAUGAAACAAGGUCUAUCUGUAUUUUAUAGCUUGUCCACUUCCACCAUGAAUAUCAAUAAGAAGAUGCGGGCAUCAAAUCUUGAAAGAAACAUCUUAAGUGCUGGUGGAUUGAGCAGGUGGCUUUCUUCUCUUGGAUUGGAGCAAUUCGAAGGAAUUCUACGUGCAAAAAAUGUCAAUAAAUUUCACUUGGCAGAUCUGUCAAUGAAGAAGCUAAAGGAUAUGGGUGCUCAUGCUGUUGGACCAAGAAGAAAGUUGAUUCAUGCUAUAGACUGUGUUUGUCAGCCUUAUUCUUAUGCACCUUACAAGAAUUUUCACUAUCGAUUAAGAUAGGGAUUAGUGAUUCAAAAUUCGGUAUCCUAUACUUGUAUGAUAAUGUUCCUAAUCCUGAAAAUAUUUUGAGCAGUCUUUCCUAAAUGUACUAUAUGCAGCUGAUGUAUUCUAUUGAAGUAUUGACUAUUGAGUGUAUAACUGUACCUCAAUUAGAUGUUAA